AUGAACAAACUACAGCUUCACCAAAUCAUGGAAAUGAGCAAUGAGUCAGCUGCUCUGAUUGUACAAAAGGAAUAUGGCAAAGGAAUGGAGAAACUGAAAACAUGCUUGGGACAGCUUCAGGCUCAUCUAACUCAAAUGCCUAAGCUUUCAAGUGGCAAUAGCGGCGACGCCCACUCUAGCUCUCUGGAUACAUGGAUGUAUCCAGCAGUGGAAGCUCUCCACGAUGACGACGGGUGUGGUCCCACUUCUUCCUUCUUUGUAUACCGAAGGCCACUCGUCGUCCCACUAUCGAACAUUGGAACUGCUGAAAAUUUGAAAUCAUCUCACAAUUGUGUCACAGGACAGCAUACCAGUCUCCUGAUUGCAAUGCUCUUCAACUAUGGGCUCGCUUGCCAUCUCGCGUACAUCGAUCAUGGUGAAGGGAGAUUGAAUGAUGGAUCCCGGCCCGAAUAUGAUCUACUGCAGAGGGCUAGUCAGAUGUAUGACCUUGCGAUAACAAAUCGUCGUCGUUUGGUGCCUUCGGAGGCGACUGCUCACAGGAAUGUAGUGUCGUCCAACAUUCAAUUCUUCCGAGCAGCUAUGAACAAUCUGGCAAUUUGCGAGCAAACCCGGUGCGGCCUCCUAGCGGCGCCACGGAAUGCGUCUGGCGCAUCAGACAUUCCAUUCAACAAGGGCUUUGAACGACUGCGAGAACUCUUGCUGCAGUAUCCACCCGCGUCCAACGCUCCCGCCCAACAAACCUUGUGGAACUGCUACAUGUCAAAUAUUUUGAGUGUGAUCUACUCGUUUCAACCCAAUUACUGUGCAGCUGCAUGUUGA